AUGGACCCCGAGGCCGACGAGGCCGCCAUGUCGCAGAUGUUGGGGUUCUCGUCCUUUGGCAUGCAGGACAGGCCGCUCAAGAAGCGCAGGCACGACGUCGGGGCAGAUGCCUUCAUGACGGACGCGCACGGGGGUGGCGGGGCGUCGAAUCCCCCCGCGCCGUCGCAGCAGCCGAGCCAUGGCGCAGCGGGUAGGCAGCCGGCGAACGCGGACGAGAUAUCCCUCGACGACGACGACGAUCACAACGAUGGCGCUGCGCCUGGGGCGACGGUGCCAGAGAGCGGGCCAUCUGGCGGUGUGAUGUCGUCGCGCCCGGCCGGUUUACCAGACCGUCCGCCCCCAGGAACAGGGUUCACGGGCUCCCCAUUCAACCGCCACCAGCCCCAGCAGGGGGGCCAGCACCAGCAUGGGAGGCAUUUUGACGAUCCCUCGCGGGGACCCUGGUAUGAGGGCUACUACGAUCCCGACUCGAACCAGAAUCCUUGGAAGAAGCUCGAAAAGGCCCGCGGUCUGCAGACCAGGGGCUCGUGGAACUUGUGCGACUUGCGGACGACGGCGGCGGCUUCCGAUGCGACAUGA